UAAACAUCCCGUGCGGUUGGUGUCAAGGGCGAAGACGUUCGGGGUACAUGUACGUAACAGGGUUCGCGGUUGUUUGUAUACAAAGAGCGUUGGCCGUGCGUCCUCGGGACACGAAAAAAGGGAUGCGUAUCAGUGCGUCGACGGUGUUUAACGGAAAUCGAACACGUGGCUGGAACAGGCCAGAAUGGUUUGUAACAACGAAAACUCGAUGGCGGAACCUUUGACCGGAAAUCGCACUACCGGUUUCUCUUCUCGAGAACGAACGCUUUUAUUCGUAACGUCGAGAUGGAAUUCUCGGAACAACGGAAACGUUCUCGAUUUCGUGCAGAGCGUGAAUAAGAAUCUUGGACGAAACGAUGGCACACACUCGUAAUAUAUCGUUCGUCGAAGAAAACAAAAGAGUCGGAGGAGAAGAAAAAUCGUACGAGGGUAAAGAGAAUCGCGAGGAAAGCCGAGAUAGCCGUACACGCCCCCGAAAAACGCAUUAAAGGAGUAACGACGAGCAACGUGGCUUUAACCGGUAAUUGGACCAUUCUUUUUGCCAUUGAGGUAGUAAUGGCCCUUGUAGCGUGGUCACGCUACACUACGGUGCGCCAUAGUACUAUAGAGACUUCCGGCCCGCCGCAGGAAGUGAGACACACGUGUUCAGGCGUAUGUGUUCCCAUAAUACGGGCCUCGGCUCCUCCUCUACAGUGCGUCCCAAGUUCGAUGGCCCAUACGGGAAGCGAGCACGCCACGGAUAUAUUACCGUUCGUUCUGGGAAACACGAGUCGAAGAAAAGUGAGCAAACGUCAACGAUCGAGUGAAUUCACGGACGCUACGAUACAUCACGCGACCAAACUACGAUAAAACAAAGAAUCGGAAGAAUUUUAGUAGAAACAUUUCGCACUGCCGCCGACAAUGGAACGAAACUCAACGUCAACGAAAUUAUGCAACUGGUGCAACAAAUCAUUCAGGACCCUGACACGCAGGUUCGACUGGACCUGAUGGAACAGCUGCCGCACGUGGCGACGAUCUGCCAGGAGGCUUCUCAUCUCUUCGGCGACGUUCUUCACGAUCAUCUGCUCAACAUCAUUGUCACAUACCUUCGGGAUGAAGAGAACCAGGUACGAAUGACGACCCAGGCAGUGGUGCUCACUCUGAUGAAGAACGGCCUUCUCGACAGCACCACGAUCGAAGUCAAAAUCUGCCCUGUGAUAGAAGUUCUUUGCAGAUCUUCGAUCGAUUUCCUGCAGUCGGGUAUCUCUCUCAUGAGCAAGAUGGCACCGCUCAUUGGCAAAAGGCUGACAGAAAAGAUUUUUCUGGACAGAUACAUAGCCCUCUGCGAGGACAAGGAUAUCUACGUUAGAAAAGUAUGCGUGUCGCAUUUUGGAGAGAUUUGCGUGGCAGUCAGGAGGAAGGCGUUUCUUCGAAAAUUGUUCCCCGUAUUCGUCGAUCUAUGCUGUGAUAAAGCGUGGGGCAUCCGGAGAGCCAGCGUGGACGUUAUGAUGCCGGUUGCUUGCUGUAUGACCCUCCAACAACGUCAAUUACUAUUGGCCGAACUUCUAGCCAUGCAUCUCGACGACGAAUCGAAAUGGGUGCGAAUGUGUGCCUUUCAAAUUUUAGGACCAUUUAUAUCUACGUUCGCGAAACAGUUUACCGAAAUAACUUAUAAUCAGCACGGCGAGCUGGUGUUUACCAGCCAACAAGAUACUCGUUUCAGUAUAAGGUAUUCGUACGAAGGCAACUACCCUCCGAAAUAUGUGGUGCGGCGCCACUCGUUCGACCAAGAGGAUCUUGAUACUAAGGAUAACUUUAAUUCGUCUGUGAUAAUACAAAGAUCGACUUCUGAUGACGAGGAGGACGAGGACGAGUCACAGGAAGAUCACAUUUUUGCUCUGAGAGCUUACAAAUCUAAGAUACGAAGGAAGUUGAAUCAAAACCAAACAACGGAUGACACGGAGAAGUACAAUCCAUUUUUAUACUACUACAUAACGCCAGACCUGCCUUUGGACGACGAACUCGUCGAAGCUGCGAAAAGAUCAUCAGCGAAGAAUAACAUAAACUGGAAACCAAUGACCAACACCGCCAGUAGCAAAGCCUCUUCGUUAGACGACGUAGUAGACGAAGAUAAGUUCCCAGAGGUAGAACUGAUACGUGUGAACGAAGAAGAGCUAGUCCCUUUGCAUUUGGUCAAUAUGUUCCUAACGAUGGCCGAGCCAGAACGAUACUCAGACAUAGGAGCAGACAUUCUUCAUCAUUGUGCAUUUAGUUUUCCCGCCGUAGCUCUCACGUUAGGUAGAGAGCACUGGUGUUAUUUACUGCCAACCUACAAGUUGUUGUUAAACGCCGAUCAGUGGAAAAUUCGACGUACACUGGCCUCGAGUAUUCACGAAAUCGCCACGAUACUCGGCGAAGAACUGACUGCCAGCGAUCUCGUCCCUGCUUAUCACUGUUUCAUCCAGGACGUGGAUGAGGUCAGAAUAGGCGUUCUUAAACACCUAGCGGCCUUUUUGAAGAUACUUAAGCCCACCGAUCGUUUCCCAUAUCUGCCGAAGCUGAAGGAAUUCCUCGUCACCGAUAACGAAUGGAACUGGAGGUUCCGAAAAGAGUUGGCCACGCAACUGCUGGAAAUUGUGAACUUAUUUGCACCCAUGCAACUUGAACGAUACAUCGUGCCCCUGUCUCUUGAGCUGCUGAACGACAAAGUCGCUGCUGUGAGGCACGUUGCACUUUCUUUGGUGACGCAAAUUGUCGCCCAAUCCGACAGCGAACGCCUGGUCUCGGCGUUGUUUCAAGAGCUCAGGUUCUCGCUAGGCGUGUACGCGAAGAAGUGGACUCGACGACAAACACUGGCGUUCGUAUGCGCUCAAUUGAUAGCUAACAACGCUAUCAGUGGGCACAAAUUCUCUAAGGAAAUGUUGCCUACUUUAUUGAAGCUAUCCAUGGAUAAGGUACCAAACGUGAGACUAGUUGUGGCGAGAACUCUGUCGGAGAACGUAAUCCCGAUGGGACCAAGCUGGCUGGGUGUCGAACAGACGAAGAAAGUGGAGAAAAGACUGAGAGAGAUGCGUUCAGACCCAGACCGAGAUGUUCGAGUCAUGGCCGGAGGCGAGGAGGAGCCUGUGUUAAAUAUAUUGUCGCAAACAAAUGCCGAACAAUCGAGGAAUAUAUUGUUUUAACAAAUUCUAUCCCCGCGAGAAUCAAAUUCGAAUUAUUUCCUGCCAUACGAGACGAUUGUUUUAGAUUGGACAGCCACGGGACAGAAUAAAAGGUGCCGCAAAUGUGUUCUUCCACGUGUGAAUUGUCUGUACAUGCAACAGAAAAUUAAUUGGAAGAGAAAGACGGGGACAACGUUAUUGUAUUGGAGCAAGACAAACGAGAGAAACGAUAGGUUUUUUUCUUUUAGGAGGCACGAUACGUGUAUUUAUGUACGAUGUAAAAAAAUACGAGCUCAAAUUUUAAAUAAACGAAACACGUACCGCUUAAGUGCAGUCGAGAUAGACAAAGUGCAACUGAACAUUGUCGAAGACCAGGGGACCGACGAAUUUCCGCGUCCUUUAGACUAAGACAAAUAAGUAUCAACGGUCAAAAGACAUUACGCAAUUAUAUAAGAGUGUGUGUGAGCGUGUUUAAAAGGAAUUAACGUAUGCGUGGAUAAGAUUCGUGGGUAUGUAUGCGUUUACCAUUGUGAUCAAUUUGUAUAUGUAAGUGGGUCCCUUGGACGGGCAAGCCGGAUAUCACUAAUUGGAGAUAUCGCAUCGACGGGAUCUCUUGUUCUUUGGUGAACGGUCAUAGCACGUUCUCUUCGGCGUCGCGUUAAUUGUUAUUAUUGGCGUUACUAGGAAUUCGAAAUUUAGAGAUUUAGGUAUUUGGAAUUUUGAACCUCAGGAAAUUUGUAAAUUCAAUAUUGUAUAAAUUUGGGAAUUUUAAGGAUUUGACAAUCAUUGGCGUCACCCUGAUCCCUACCUAGUAAAGCCAAUGAUUGUUAUUUUUUUAUCGAAGUAUUACCAUUGUCGUCCCCUCCUCGUACGUUUCACUUUUUUAACUUUAUACUUCGUACGACUCAAGUUUUUGUGCUGUGACUGGUUAUGAACUCAUGCGCGCGACAUCGAUGAAUGUCUUUACGUUAAACGGAAAAGAAAGAAGAAAAAACACAACAUGGAAAUUAUCAGUUGAAAACGGUAAAAAAGGCUUAUACAUCGCACGAUGUCGAAAACGUUCACGAUCGUGCGAUGUCACUGUGUUUUCUGUCUACACGCAAUCACAAGAACAAAUGUGUAUUGUUUUUUGUAGAUAUACUACUGUACACGUUAAUAGUUGUAAGCACGAACUUUUUGCUGAGCCACCGAGUUAAAUUGAUACGAAUUUGAAUUUAUUACACCGCGACUCUUGUAUUUAGAUCAAUUUUCGGUGACUUUGUAUCUAAAUUUAAAAGAAACGCACGAGAGACAUCACGUUUGUACGAUCGAUACAAUAAAACUAAUUUGUAAGCAACAGGACGAACGAAACUGAGAAUGCUGUUGGAUAAAUGAUGUGUAUUAUAUGAGAUUUUACAAAUAUAGGGAUACAAAGCGGAUACGUAGACAGAAGUAAAGCAAAAGUGAUCCGCUAAAUUGUACAUUCGCGAAAAAAGAAAAAAAGAAGGACCGUUACCGAAUACCACUACCGUGAUAUCGCAAAAUAUUUCUAUAACAUUAGUGAGUCGUGAUCGCUGAAUAUUUCGCGACAUAAAAAAAAGAAAGGGCGAAUUAUCAUGUCUUAGUUAAACUGUUCGUUGAAUAACGUGAUCAUUGGGCUACAGCAACUUUCUGUAAGCAACGAAUACUCGUUACUUGUGAAUACGUUCAA